AUGGAGAAAUACAAAGUUGCAAUUUUGUUGCUUUGUUCACUUUUUGCACUAUCAUUUUCAGAAGUAGAAAUCAAAGCAAAAUUGAAACUCCUCAAUAAGCCUGCAGUUAAAACCAUCAAGAGUGAAGAUGGAGAUAUUAUUGAUUGUGUUAACAUUUACAAACAACAUGCUUUUGAUCAUCCUGCUCUUAAAAAUCACACAAUUCAGAAAAUACCUAUAUUUUUUCAAGAAUCACAAUAUUCAAACAAAAACUCUGAUUCUCAAGACAACCUUAAGAUAUCUCAAACAUGGCAGAAAAGUGGAAGUUGUCCAAAAGGAACCAUUCCUAUUAGAAGAAUUCUAAAGAAGGACCUAUUAAGAACUACUUCUCUUGAUCGAUUUGGAUUAAAACCACCAACAUUGCUGAAUAAUUCAACAAACACUUCAAACUUCAAUGGCUCCUUUGGUGUUAUUUUGAAUAGUCAUUCGGGAGCACAUAUUCAAACAUCAGGAUCCAAUUUUAUAGGUGCAGAAGCAAAUAUUAAUGUUUGGAAUCCAAAAAUUGACCUAGAUGAGGAUUCUUCAACUGCUCAAAUGUGGCUUAAGGCUGCAAAUGGUUUAGAUUUUGAAAGCAUUGAAGCAGGAUGGAUGGUGAAUCCAGAUUUUUAUGGUAACCAUGACACCAGAUUUUUUACCUAUUGGACUAAAGAUUCAUACAAAUCAACUGGUUGCUUUGAUCUCACUUGCUCUGGAUUUGUGCAAACAAACUCAGAAGUUGCUCUUGGUGCUGCCAUAUUACCCAUAUCAUCUGAAAAUGGAGACCAAUUUGAACUCAAUGUUGGAAUAUACUUGGAUGAAUUGGGACAUUGGUGGCUAAAAAUAAACCAUAAUGUACCUAUUGGAUAUUGGCCAGAUGGAUUAUUUGUAUCUUUAAAACACAGUGCAGUAUUGGUUCAAUGGGGUGGACAAGUGUUUAGUCCAAAAGUGAGAACAAGUCCUCCUCACACAGGAACAUGGAUGGGUAGUGGAUAUAGUGCAGAUGGUCGAUUUAGACGUGCAUGUUUUAUACGUAAUAUAAGGAUUAAGGAUUAUUCACUUGAGCUUAAAUAUCCAGAUCGUGUACAUAUAGAUUCUCAAGAACCAGGUUGUUAUAGUGUUGUCAAUGAUGAUGAAGGUGGAAAAGAUCCUGAGUUUUAUUUUGGUGGACCUGGACGUAGAGAUAAUGAGUGUCCUUGA